CAUUGCAAACUUUUUGUCUUCAUCCAUUUGUCCGAUACAUUGUAUCUUCUUAUCAUCACUGUCCUGGAGUUGAAGCUAUCAAGGCCAAGAGACACAAUGGCCGAGUUAACUCACCGAAGAAUCAAGACCAACGGGAUCUACAUACACGUAGCAGAGCAAGGGACAGGACCUCAGCUCGUUUUAUUGCUCCAUGGUUUCCCGGAGCUCUGGUAUUCAUGGCGCCAUCAGAUCAGCUUCUUAGCUAACCAUGGCUACCAUGUCGUUGCUCCUGAUAUGAGAGGCUAUGGCGACUCGGAUGCUCCACUCUGUCCCAGCUCUUAUACUUCGCUUCACCUUGUUGGUGACCUUAUCGGCCUGCUUGACCAUUUUGGCCAACAGAAGGCUUUUGUGGUUGGACAUGACUGGGGAGCAAUUGUGGGUUGGCAUCUAAGCUUGUUCAGGCCUGACAGAGUGAAGGGAGUCAUCUCAUUGUCUGUUCCAUACUUUGAGAGAAACCCAGAUGUUAAAUUUGUCGAAAAUUUCAGACAAGCUUAUGGAGAUGGCUUCUAUAUCUGUCAGUUUCAGGAAGCGGGAAGAGCAGAGAAGGCAUUUGCAAAGUAUGAUUGUUUGACAGUGCUGAAGAAGUUCUUGCUGAUAAACAAGACAGAUCUUCUGAUAGCUCCGCCGGGCAUGGAGAUCAUUGAUUACUUGGAGAUGCCAUCUUUACCAUCUUGGAUCAAAGAGGAAGAAAUCCAGUUUUAUACUGAUAAGUUUAAGGAAUCUGGAUUUACUGGUCCUCUCAAUUACUAUCGAGCCUUCGAUUUGAAUUGGGAACUUCUUGCACCAUGGCAAGGGUCAAAAAUUUCAGUUCCAGCAAAGCUAAUACUUGGUGACAAAGACAUAAACAUUGAAGCUACAAGAAGAUAUACCACAGGGGAUGUAUUGAAGAACCUUGUGCCCGAACUGGAAGUGGUUUUUCUAGACGGACACCAUUUUAUCCAACAAGAGAAACCUCAACAAGUCUCCCAUGAAAUUCUCUCAUUCCUCAACAAAAUUCCUUAGAAGGAGAGAGUACUCUUUCCAUGUCAUUCAAAGUCUCAUAUUAUGUUUGGUUUGGCUUGAGUCCAACCUUUGUAUCUUUAUUUUUGAUUUGGGACAAAAUUUAAUUCCUAAAAGUACUGAGAUCUUUAUAGUUUUUAAA